GGCGGCGGCGGCGGUGGCGGCGGCCGCGGCAGGGGCGGCAGGAGGGCCAAGCGGAAGCCGCCGCCGCUCAGCAGGUACCGCCGCAGGACGGCCAACGCCAGGGAGCGCGAGCGCAUGCGCGAGAUCAACGCCGCGUUCGAGGCGCUGCGGCGAGCCGUGCCGCCCCACGCCGCCGCCUACCGCGCCGAGGACGCCGCCUCCGGCUUCUACACGGGCUCCGACGACGGCUCGGAGCACCAGCAGCGCUCCGGCGAGAAGGUCACCAAGAUCGCGACGCUGCGCCUCGCCAUGAGCUACAUCGCCGAGCUGACGCGCUCGCUGGAGGCGGUCUCGGCGUCGUCGCCGGCAGCGGCGCCGCCCCUGGAGCAGAGGCCGGAGCCGGCCGCGCACGCGGCGCCGCUGCCGCCGGUGUCGACGCUGUGCCGCCCGCAGACGCUGCUGCUGCCGCCGCCCGCCGCCCCCGCCGCCUCCGCCACCGCCGCCGCCUCCGCCUCGGCGGCCUUCCUGUCGUGCCUGACGCCGCCGCUGUCGCUGACGCCCUGCUCGUCGUCUGCACUGCCGGAACUGUGCGACGCGCUGACGCCCCCGGACCUGUGCGCCGGCCUCACCGUCGACCUGGCGCUGACGCCGCCCCCGGGACUGGACGAGCAUUGCUUAACACCCCACUGA